GCACAGCAGCGUGGGGGGUGGGGUGGGACCCCAUUCCCAGAAGCAUCAGCUCCGGGCUUGUCCAGAACCCUGGCUUGCACCUGGCCCAAGAGUGCCCCCAACUGCUAACUGGGCCAGGGGCCCUCUUUCUCGGAAGCCUUCAUCCUUCCCCCUGGGGUGUGCCCUGCCCCUCCCUGAGUCACCCCAGGGAGAGAGGGGGGGAAAAAGGGAAGAGAAGAGAGGCAUCGACUGCAGAGGAAGGAAAAGGAAGCAGAGCAGAGGAGGGAGGAGAGAGGCCACGCGGGAGCCCAGAGAGGACAGCUCUGGGGCAGAUCUCGGGCAGGGGGUAGCAGAGGGCAGGCAGGCCAAGCAUCCUGAGGGGUGCCCGGGCAGCAGGGCGGGGGCGGGGAGCCCAGGGGGCGGGCCGGCCAUGUCCCACGGGACCUACUACGAGUGCGAGCCCCGGGGCGGCCAGCAGCCACUUGAGUUCCCGGGGGGCCGAGCAGGGCCCGGGGAGCUGGGGGACAUGUGUGAGCAUGAGGCCUCCAUCGACCUCUCUGCCUACAUUGAGCCCGGGGAGGAGCAGCUGCUCUCCGAUCUCUUUGCCAUGAAGCCGGCACCUGAGGCCCGGGGCCUUAAGGGACCGGGAAGCCCUGCCUUCCCCCACUACCUGCCGCCCGACCCAAGGCCCUUCGCCUACCCCCCACAUACCUUCGGCCCAGACAGGAAGGCGCUGGGACCUGGCAUCUACAGCAGCCCAGGGAGCUACGACCCCAGGGCUGUGGCUGUGAAGGAGGAGCCCCGGGGGCCAGAGGGCAGCCGAGGUGGCAGCCGGGGCGGCUACAAUCCCCUGCAGUACCAGGUGGCACACUGCGGGCAGACGGCCGUGCACCUGCCCCCGACCCUGGCAGCACCAGGCCAGCCCCUGCGCGUCCUCAAGGCCCCCUUGGCCACCACCGUGCCCCCCUGCAGUCCCCUCCUCAAGGCGCCCUCCCCGGCUGGCCCCUCGCACAAGGGCAAGAAGGCAGUGAACAAGGACAGCUUGGAGUACCGGCUGCGGCGGGAGCGCAACAACAUCGCCGUGCGCAAGAGCAGGGACAAGGCCAAGCGGCGCAUCCUGGAGACACAGCAGAAAGUACUGGAGUACAUGGCGGAGAAUGAGCGGCUGCGCAGCCGCGUGGAGCAGCUCACGCAGGAGCUGGACACCCUGCGCAACCUCUUCCGCCAAAUCCCCGAGGCCGCCAACCUCAUCAAGGGCGUCGGAGGCUGCAGCUGACUGUGGGCACCAGGCAGGGCCCCAGAGCCCGAGUCUGGGACAUUGACCAUGGACAGACGGCAGAGGGGAGGGAAGGCAGGGCAGGACCCCGCACGGUGAUGAUGAGACUGCUGAAUAAAGCCGUG